CCUGGAAGUGGGAGGAUCAGCUCGGGAGAGAUCCUUGUGGCUUUGUUACGCAUGGGAAGCCAUUUUGGAACCAGGCUUGUUGUGCUGCAGCUGAAGCAGCUACUUGUAAACUUUGCGGUGUUUGUCAGGAAACAAGGUGCAGGAUCUGUGUUGAAGAGACUCCGGGAUCCGUGCGCAAAGAGCGGAUUUUAUUCCUUUUCUAAACAAAGAAGAAUGACCAUGGAUUUUUCUCAGCUGCAUGCGUAUACACCUCCACAGUGCGCUCCAGAGAACACCGGCUACACUUACUCCCUCAGUUCCAGCUACUCCACUGCAGCAUUAGAGUUUGAGAAGGAGCACCAGAUCGCUCCUGUUUACGAGUCGCCCAGAAUGUCACGGCGAAGUCUGCGUCUGCAGAGCGGUGCCAGUCAUUAUGGCGGUGAAAGCUUGGCAGAUCACUCCCAGAGCCACAGCAGCAGCUACAGCAGCACCAAGAGGGAGACACGGACAUCUAGAAGCAGAAGGCAGCAGUCCACCUCCAGCUCCCUGUCUUUAUCCCUGAGCCAGCUUGCCACGCCAAGACAAACCCUGUCCUUCUCUGCUGCUAGUACCCCGAUUGACAACAGCAGAAGUAUUCAGGAAAGCAUCAGAACGUCUGAAGUCUCUCAGGUCCCAUCAGCUUAUGAACAGUCUCACCUGAAACAACGCAAAGUCACCACCACCACCCAUACAGCUACUGUGGAUGGACAGUGGGGGCAGAUUUCCUGCCACAGUUCAUCAGGAGUAAAUGGUGACGCCAGCAUAUCAGAGUCCCACACGUUCCUCGCUAAUGGUUACAUCUGCAGAGACUGCUCGUUACAUUCCCAGAAAACGGACUCGUAUAUCACACGGUCGUCAUCAUCUCAAGCAGCGGUGCUCUCCAGUGAUGCUUCUUCUGCCUCGUUUUCACCUGUCACCAGUGUUUAUAGCAGAGACAGAAGUCGGAAGAACAAGACAGGUGUCCUGAUGUCAGUGUGCAACUCGUGUGUGCGCUACAGUAAACAAGCCCUGGCACCCACUGUGUCCUUAGUCUCUCUUUUCUUCAGUAGUGUGGUCCGGUUGGGUUCCUGGGUCAAGAGCUCAUCUGCAAAAGGUGUGUCGGCAGGUAUUUUAGCAUCGUUUUGGGACUCAGUGAGACAAUCAGCGUCCUCGAGUAUGUCCAAACUUUGGCUGUUUAAGCAGACUGCUUCCCACUCACUCGAGUUUCUGUGGAAGCAUGAAUGUGAAGGAUCUGGUGACAGCAGAUGCAUCACAUCUCAAUCUCAAUGGUUCCUUGUGUGAUGACUGUAAAGGGAAGCAGGUUUCUGACGUGCACGCGGUCGUCCACAUGCAGUCCUCCAGGUCAAAGCGCCUGGUGGGGGCGCUGUGGAGCAUCUUAGUUCUUGCAGGUUCGUGCCUCUUGCUCCCGGCUCACUGCGCCAUGAGCGCAGGUAAAGCGUUGGGUUCAGGAGUUGGAGCUGCAGCACAGAGGGUUGGUUUAUUCCUCUGGAUGCUCCUGGCAUCUCCAGUUAAAGCUGGCAAAGGACUGCUGUGGUUUCUGGCUAGAGGAUGGUACCAGCUCGUAUCCCUCAUGUCUCUCCUCAAUGUCUUCUUCCUGACUCAAUGCUUUCCCAGACUCUGGAAGCUCCUGUUGCUACUUUUGCCCUUUUUACUCCUCUUAUUGUUUUGGUGGUGGGGUCCGUCCACGGCUGCCCUGUUUGCCUACCUCCCAGCUGUAAACCUAACUGAGUGGCGUUCUGCAUCUCCCUUCACUUUCCUGUCUAACUUGGCGGCUGUUCCAGCUGCUGUCCCUGUAUCGGAGUCUGCUAUGAAGAAGACUCCAUCCACCCCAGCCUCACGUGCAACACCAAUCUUUCCCCCUGUGGCCAUCUCUGGUGCAGACUUGGAGCGUCUUGAACGAGUCGAGCGCCAGCUAGCGCUGCUGUGGGAGCGAGUCCAGCAGGGAGACCAGACGCAGGAUCAGCGCCACCAGGACAUUUUGGGUCUGUACAGCACCCUGAGAGAGCAGCUGCACACUCGGACCGAAAGGGAGAGCUUGGAGGUGUGGGCGUCCUCUCUGCUGGAGCAGCGACUCGGCUUGCUGCGUGGAGAGCUGGAGCAGGAGAAGACGCACACAGCACAGGGUGCAGAGCAGCAGGAACGGCAACAAGAGACUCAGGCAGCACGUCUGGCUGAUUUAGAAUUGCUGCUUAAGGCUUUGGCUGCCAAGACUGAGGAGAUGCAGCAGAAGCAGCAGCAGUAUGAACGUGAGAAGGACAAAAGAGAACAAGGGGUCAUCACACCUGCAGCAGACACAGCUCCUGUCAGUGUGGGUGUGAAGCAGGAGGACCAUGAUGCUUUGCUGGUAGAGGUGCAGAGACUGGAAGCAGAGCUGAGUAGAAUCAGAGGAGACCUCCAGGGCGUUCUUGGUUGCAAGGGCAAAUGUGAACAGCUGAGUACACUGCAGGAGACGAUAUCAGGUCAAGUGUCCUCACAGUUACGGAAAGAACUACAGGCUCUGUUCUUCGGCGGCAGCGAAUUAGGAGAGGAGCAGGGUCAGGUACCUGAGUCUCUGAUCCACUGGCUGUCCCAACGCUACGUGAGCACAUCUGACCUGCAGGCGGCACUGGCCUCACUGGAGCUGAGCAUCUUGAGAAACAUCUCGCUGCAGUUGGAGCUCAACCAAGUCCAGACGCUGGGCGAAGCCGAAUCACGAACCAAAAACAUUGUUCAGACGGUAACUGGGACUGUUCGUCAUGCUUCUGCUGCAGAGGGACUGACUGAAGAGCAUGUGAAGCUGAUGGUCCAGAAUGCUCUGAAGCUGUACUCUCAGGACCGAACUGGCCUGGUGGACUACGCCCUGGAGUCUGGAGGUGGCAGCAUCCUUAGCACCCGCUGCUCUGAAACAUUCGAGACAAAGACUGCCCUCAUGAGUCUGUUUGGUCUGCCCCUCUGGUACUUCUCCCAGUCUCCACGGGUCGUCAUCCAGCCUGAUGUGUAUCCUGGUAACUGCUGGGCGUUUAAAGGCUCCCAAGGUUAUCUGGUAAUCAGGCUGUCCCUGAGGAUCCUGCCCACAUCCUUCUGUGUGGAGCACAUCCCCAAAGCUCUUUCUCCAACUGGAAACAUCACCAGCGCACCACGCAACUUCACUGUUUUUGGUCUUGAUGAUGAGUACCAAGAAGAGGGAAAGCUGCUGGGGCACUACACAUAUGAAGAGGAUGGCGAGGCACUGCAAAUCUUCCCGGUUAAGGAGAAUAACGACAAGGCCUUCCAGAUCAUCGAGGUACGGGUCCUGUCUAACUGGGGUCAUCCAGAAUACACCUGCCUUUACCGCGUCAGAGUCCACGGAGAGCCGCGUCCUGAAUGAACCUCCUUACAUUCUAAUAAACAGCAUUACACUCUGUACAUAGUUCUCACUAGCUUCUUUAAAACUCAGAGGGCAUGACGACGCGAACCCUGCCAACGAAAGCCAUUAAGACAGAAGUCGUGGACGGUUAAAGCAGCGUGCUGAGAUGGAAUCAUGAACGUGUUUGCAACGAUGAAAGAAUCUGAAAAUUGGUUUCUGGAGUAUGAAAGAAGAGGAAUAGAAACAGAAAAGCUAAACAUUUUCCUUAUCAUUGCACUGAAUCAGUUCUAAGGACGUCCAGCUUCCCCUGAGCAAACAAACCUAUCCUCACUGCGUCAGGAGGUGAACACUUGAAACUGAGGUUACACACUCAUCUCAACUAUCUUUUCACACACACACAGUCUGUUUUGAUUUUUUUUUUUUACUAUCGUUUUUAGGAUCAAAACCACUUUCUCUUUGCCUGAAAUGCCAUCUAGGAGUCACUCAUUUUGUUGCUGUCAAAAUAUUUGCAAAGCCAUGGACAAAUUAUGUUCACUAGCCUAGUAAGAUUUAUUUUCUAGAGCCUGAACAUGCUGCCGAAGGACAAGCUUUGAAUGUUUGAUCAGACGGAAGCAAGUUUCCUUUAAUCCUAUUAAACCACUGACCAGAGCUUGAUGUGAUGCAAGCACUGGGAAUCCCUUCACUUUGUUAGUGAUGAAAUGUGUGUCUGAUUAUGAACAGACACAAGGAAGAGUGCUGCAACUCCUGGACAAUAAACUUUCACAUACAUCAUGGAUGUAGACGAGUGAUUCUUCCCUGACUGAGUCCCGUGCAGGAUCUCAGAUCACACCUAAUAAUGGAAGCUAAAAUAUUUGACUUCUCCUGUACACAAGUGUUUUAUUAGCUGUUUUUUCUCUUUUUUUAGUUUACCAAAAACGUCCUCCUCACACAGGCUUUCCUCUCUGAAACCCAGAAAGAAUGUAAUUUGUAUAUUUUAUUGUUAAUAGUUGGUCCUUUAUUAUAUCUACUUUCAUCAGUGUUGCUUUAUAAAAGAAAGAAUCUUGUCAUUAAUAUGAUUAUAUUACUAUUGUUUUACCAUUGCUCAUUGUGUUUGCUUCAUUUUUUUGUUUUGGAGGGUUAAUACCAGAGGAUGCACUGCAACAACUUCUUAGACAAAAACGUUGUGGCAUGAGUCUUAUUGUAUUUUUUAAAAUGGGACCGUUGUUGUAAUUAUGGGUGGGUCUAAAAUGUUAUUUAUGUGAAAUAAAUGUUUUGUUCACAGUUUUAUUUAUUUACAAGAUAAUUGGUGGCUGCAAAUUAUGAUUGAGUUACUGCAAUGUAUAUUUUGUUCAAAGCUGUUCAGUGCAUUUUCGGAAUAUUCUUGGAGAUUUUUUUUUUUUUUUUAGAGAA